CACCGCGGUUGAGUCGACGUCCCAUUAUAAUACAUUCGUCUUCUUGCCUAUUUCACCUCUAAUAUAUUCUAAUCCCACUCACGAGCAAACGAACUGCUACUCUCCGCGAAAGCCGAGUAUCGCCCACACAUCCACGCUCCCGUUAAGAAUUGACGUCAGGAUCAGCCGGAUACCCUAUCUCCAUUCCCAGAUGGUCUGAAGAAGUUGAGAAGUUACUCGCCAACAGUCAACACAGUUGACUGCUACGAUAUAAAGCCCGGUUUACGCUGUCGCGAAGAUAGCCGCCAUGUCGUCAAUGUCCCCCUCCCCCACCAUCCUCCUCCCCCACCUCCCACCAAAGACCCUCGUCGGCAUCGACCUCAUAACCUUCGCCUCAACUCCCAACUUCCACGGCAUCCGCGACCUACCAACUGGAUGGCACUUCCUAUACACAGGCACAACAGAGAGCCUAUCAUUAAGAUGCGGCUGGUGGUUCCACGUCGGUGACAGCGAGGACCUCGACGGCACAGUCAUCUCGCCAAACGUGGGGCCCGAAGUGCUGAUCUGGAAAUGGGACACGAACACCGAAUCACUGGCGCCGAUGACCGCCGCAACCGACGCAGACAGACAGGAGGCGAUGCGGUACAGGGCGAAUCUGGGCGCCGUCUGGCAGGCGGGUGGCUUGUUUCGGUACCGCAGCCGUGUUCCGCUAUCUUCGGUUUUAGCGCGGGAUCAUGGCCCCGGGCGGCGGGCGCCGGAGGCGCAAAGAUCGCAUGCGAGAGAUGAAGCGAAUGAGGAAGAGGGGAGGGAUGAUUGGUUUGGUUUGACGGAUAGGUUGUCGCCGGCUGUGUUGACGCGGAUUGUUGGGGAUGCUCAGUUGGAUGUUAAUGGUCAGCCGCGCUGGAUGCUGACUUCGGCUAGUACGGCGCGGCAGGACAGUGAUGAUCUCUCGGGGCUUGUGGAUUCGGCGCAGGCGUCUGACGGCCUGGCGGAGACGAUCGAGAGGGAAGAAAGUGUGCUUUCGCUUCUUCCGGUUGACUUGAAAAAGACGUGGAGGGAGGGAGCGGUGGGGCGAGAGAGGACUGAAGGCGCUCAGGACCGGUCCUGGGCUCUGGGGGAUCUUAUCGAUCGGCUGUCUGAGAACGACGGUGGGGGUGCCAGGUCCGGAGAAGCGCAGGUGCUAGGCGAAUUGCAGUUCACUUUCCUGAUGGUCCUGACACUGAUGAACUACUCGUGUCUCCAGCAGUGGAAGAGACUGCUUGAAUUGAUCCUGACAUGUCAGAGUGCGAUCAAAGAUCGAGAGGUCUUUGUGCGGGAUGUUCUCCGCCUACUUUUGCUUCAGCUUAAGCGGUCUGACGAUGUCGACGGUGGACUUUUCGACCUUGACGGGGAAGAAGGGGGCAAGUUUCUUCGAAAGCUACUUAUGAAGUUCCGGAUAUCCUUGUACGAGAUUCUAGACGGUGUCAGCCCUGCUGUCAAAGCUGAAUUUGAGAGGCUCGAGGCAUGGGUCAAGAAUGAGUACGACUGGGAGCUGAAUCGAGUGGCGUUUGUCCGGAAGGGAAUCGUCCAGCUGGAAGAUGGGGAGGAGGUGGAAUUGGAAAUGAACGAAGAUGAUGAAGACGACGAGACGGGAGAGUAUGCUCCUCUCGUGGUGGAUUUAGAAGAGACCACAGACAUACAGAGCUAACUUAAGUGGCUCAAGUAUAUACUCUCCAGCUACCUAGGUAGAUAACAAAUAACAAAA